AAGCCCCAAGUUCUAUCCGGCAGUAUCUCUUAUCGAAAGUAGAUUAAAUUUCUUAAUUUUGUUGAUGGAUGCCAACUUACUGGACAAUGUCCGUAAUAGAGAUUCUAUUGGCCACAUUAGCCGGGCUUCUUGUGUACAUUGGAUUAAGGAUGCGAAAACAUUUCAAUUAUUGGAAGGACUUGGGUGUUGCCUGUGAGCCACCCAAUUGGUUAAUGGGUAGUGUUGCAGGUUUAGGAACUUCGAAGCCUUUAAAUCAUAUAAUUAGUGAUUAUUAUGCCAAAUUCAGAUUAGCGGGACCCUUUGUCGGUUUCUAUUGGUUCUCCAAACUGGCUGUCUUUGUUAUGGAACCGAAUUUGAUUAAACACAUAAUGAUCAAAGAUUUCUCAAAGUUCACGGAUCGUGGUCUAUACACCAAUGAGGAAGAUGAUCCUUUGUCGGCACAACUUGUUAACUUGGAUGGAGCCAAGUGGCGCCAUAUGCGCAACAAACUCUCACCCACCUUUACGUCGGGCAAAAUGAAGGUCAUGUUCCCAUUGGUUACUAAAUUGGGCAAUGAUUUAAUCGAAGUUUUCCACAAGACUCUUGUCUCUGAUCAGGUGUUGGAGGUGCGCGAUUUGGUCGCUCGCUUUACCACCGAUGUCAUUGGAACUUGCGCCUUUGGCCUUGAAAUUGACAGUCUACACAAUCCAAAUGUUGAAUUUCGUCGCAUGAGCCGCAAAGCAAUCGUGGAAAAGCGUUAUGGCACUUUGGGGUUUAUGCUACGUUUCAGUUUUCCUGAACUCUCGCGUCGCCUUCAUGUCAAGGAAACUGUGGCCGAUGUUGAAGAGUUUUUCCUAGAUAUUGUCCGUAACACUGUAGACUAUAGAGAGCAGAAUAAUGUGAAACGCAAUGAUUUCAUGGAUAUGCUAAUCGAUUUGAAGAACAACAAAUUGAUGAAAAGUGAAACAGGAGAAGAGAUGACCAAUCUGACAUUUGGUCAGAUAGCUGCGCAGGCUUUCUUCUUUCUGUUAGCUGGCUUUGAAACUUCAUCGACCACUAUGUCCUUUGCUUUAUAUGAGUUGGCCCAAAAUCAAAAAGUGCAACAGAAGGCUAGGCAAGAGGUUGAGCAAGUUUUGGAGAAACAUGGAGGGCAGUUUACCUAUGAGUGCAUGAAGGAAUUGGUGUAUUUGGAUCAAGUCAUAGAGGAAACCCUUAGACUUUACACCGUUAUAUCUGCUCUUCUGCGUAGGGCUCUGGAGGAUUAUGUUGUGCCUGACCAUCCUCAUUAUGUAAUCAAAAAGGGAAUGUUUGUCGUUAUACCAGCAUGUGCCAUACACCGAGAUGAACGCUAUUUUCCCCAACCCAAUGUUUUCAAUCCUGACAACUUUAUUCCCGUAAAGGUGGCCGCACGUGAUUCUAUAUUAAAUUUAUCCUUUGGCGAAGGACCCAGAAAUUGCAUUGGCUUGCGUUUUGGCAAAAUGCAGACAUUGGUUGGCUUGGCCUUGCUGUUAAAGAACUUUAAGUUUUCCACCUGUGAGCAGACACCGAUUCCCAUGACAUACGAUAAGAAGAGUUUCCUGGUGUCCUCGGAGAGUGGUAUCUAUUUGAAAGUUGAGAAAUUGUAAUAGACAUGAAAUGUGAAUGUAUUAAGAAAUUAUUUCAAAGAAAUGGUUGCCGAUAUUAACCUGAUAUUAAUUGAGGAUAAAA